ACCGGUUUCCGUAAUGAAUACCCGUCCCCACUAAAAACACUGUGCGGUGUUGUUGAUCUCAAACCAGCUGGUUGUGUUGCUUUAUCGGAAUGACAAUGUAGGAUAUGUUUUCAAUAAACGUUUUAAAGGCACUAUAACCUUGGUUCAAAUAUGCUCAUUUGAUAUUUUAAAGUCUACUGCAUCAGGCUGGAUACAACACUACUAAUGGAAGAUGUUAAUGAAUUCCGGGACGAAGUCAUUCCGGUUAAACCCAAUCCAGUACUCGAAAAAUGUAUUGUGUUCAAAGUUUACAAGAGGAGAUGGUUCAUUCUGUUCGUGUUGUGCUUGCUAAAUUGCUCAAACUCCAUAUUAUGGCUGACCUUUGCUCCAGUGGCAGACCAUUCAGCCCAGUUCAUGGGUGUCACCCUGGACCAGAUCAACUGGCUGUCCAUGAUCUACAUGGUGGUGGCCAUUCCUCUCAGCUUUGGGACCACAUGGAUGCUGGACACCUUAGGACUCCGGAUCACACUGGUGCUGGGUUCCUGGCUUAACAUGUUGGGAGCUGUGCUGCGUUUCGUGGGCAUCAUGAGGAACCUACCAAGUGCAGCCAAUUUCCCCGUGGUGAUGGGGGGCCAAACCCUAUGUGCCCUGGCCCAGCCCCUGGUUAUCUUCACUCCCACCAAGCUGGCAGCCCUCUGGUUCCCAGAGCACCAGCGGGCCACCGCCAAUAUGAUAGCCUCCAUGUCAAAUCCCCUUGGGAUUCUCAUUGCUAGCAUCUUUUCCCCUAUGAUUGUGGGGACUACCAACAACAUCCCUUUAUUGCUGUUCAUAUAUGCUGUACCAGCAGCCAUUAUCUGUCUCCUAGCAACAGUGGGGAUCCGUGAUAGUGCCCCCCCAACGCCCCCCUCAGCCAGUGCCGAAAGCUCCAACUCAGAGCCCUUCCUGGAGGGAAUCAAGCUGCUCCUGAGGAACAAGGCCUACAUGAUUCUCCUGCUGUGUUUCGGCUCGGGGAUCGCUGUGUUCACCUGCUUCUCUACACUGUUGGAGCAGAUUAUGUGUGUCCGAGGGUACACUAAUGACUUUGCAGGACUGUGCGGAGGUCUCUUCAUCGUGUUCGGUAUAGUCGGAGCUGGCUUCCUGGGUCUCUACGUUGACAAGACCAAGAAGUUCACUGAGGUUACCAAGGUCAACAUGAGCCUCUCAGCACUGGCCUGCAUUGCCUUCUCAGUGGUAUCUCAGAUGCGGAAUCAGGGAAUAGCCGUGGCCGUUGCUUGUUCGCUCUUCGGCUUUUUCGGCUUCUCCAUUUACCCGGUUGCCAUGGAGUUGUCUGUGGAGUGCUCCUACCCAGUUGGGGAGGCCACCUCAGCAGGCCUGAUAUUUAUAUCAGGACAGAUCCAGUCAGUUAUCUAUAUACUGCUUCUUCAGGGGUUGACCAAACCAAUGGCCGACUCGCCCUUCUCUACCUGUUCUGUAGGAGGGGAUGCGGCCUUGAGUUGGAGGGUGCCCAUGCUGGUGAUGGCAGGCCUGUUCAGUGUCUUUACCUGCUGCUUCGUUAUCUUCUUCCACACGAAGUACAGGAGACUGGAUGCUGAGGCACAGGCUGGUGGAAAAAAGCCAACUCUGGCAACCUGUGACAGCACAUCAAACUCUGACCAAAAGUAGGAACAGGUCAGGGGUUAACUGAACUGCUUUGAGAUCACUAGCAUAAUUUCAGAAGCACAGAAUGUAACUGAAAGGUCAUUUCUACCUUUGCUAUACUGCUUCAUUCUCUCGUCCCAAGUGAAUGAUUACAGUUUUGACAAUAGCGAUAUUUAAUAUUGCUUAAACGGUGGUGGUAAACAGUGAUCAUAAGUUACUCGAUUUGAAACGGGGCUUUCCUUUUAUACAGGUAUGCUCUAAGAUGAAUAGCAUCUUAUGCACCGCACAGUCUGUACUGAUGCGGAGCAGAGGUCAUUUCGGCUCGGUCUGUUAAGUUGGACAUUAAAUGUAUGAUGCAAAAGUAAUCCAAUAUCUGAAUUGACUGAAAUUUCAACGGAAUUAAACUGUGAUGGUGGUGGACAUGUAUGCUUGUGGGGUGUACAGACUAGUUCAUAAAAUAAUAUUCCAGGUAUUUGAAUGAUGGCACAUUUUUUUUGUCAGUACCAAAUUCUUUUACACAUUCAAUUGUGUAAAUUUGGUAUUUUAAACUACUCCUGUAAAUAUACUUUAUAGUCAAAUAAACCACCAUGUCAGUCA